GCGUGACGUCACCGCGUGCGACGCGUGAGUGGGAGCGGGGACCUGUGGGGCCUGGGUACCGGGAAGUCCGGAGGUAGAGGGUUGCCUGUUACCAUGUUCGGCUCCAGCCGGGGCGGCGUGCGCGGCGGGCAGGACCAGUUCAGCUGGGAGGAUGUGAAGACUGAUAAGCAGAGGGAGAACUACCUGGGCAACUCGCUCAUGGCCCCGGUGGGCCGCUGGCAGAAGGGCCGUGACCUCACCUGGUACGCCAAGGGCCGGGAGCACAGUGCGGGUCUGAGCCGGGAGCAGGAGCUGGCGGCUGUGAGGCAGGCGGAGCAGGAGGCGCUCAUGGCAGCGCUAGGCUACAAGAACGUAAGGAAGCAGCCCACCGGCCUGAGCAAGGAGGACUUUGUCGAAGUCUGUAAGCGGGAAGGCGGUGACCCCGAGAAGGGAGUGGACCGGCUCCUGGGUCUGGGGAGCUCCAGUGGCUCUGCAGGUCGAGUGGCGCUGUCCCGGGAAGACAAAGAGGCUGCUAAGCUGGGGCUUUCAGUGUUCACGCACCACCGCGUGGAGAGCAGUCGGACAGGGACCUCCCCGGCCUCGGCCAAAAAGAAGCCUCGGUCAGAGGAGAAGGUGGAGCCGGGCCCUGAAAGCCACAGGAAGAGCAGGAAGGAGAAGAAAAAGAAGAAGAGGCACAAGAAAGAGAAGAGGAGGAAAGAAAAGGAGCACGGGAAGGGGCCGGAUUCCUCACAGCCCCCUGCUCCCAUCCAGCAUGACUCAGACUCCUCGACUUGCUGCAAGAGGAAGCGCAGGCAUGACAGCGACUGAGGCCCAGGGAUCUGGAGGGCUGGCCUGUGGGGGUCACCCCAGGUCCCCAAAGAGGCUUAGUUGUGGCCAAGUAUGGCUACUUCUAUUCUUCUUUGUGUUGACUCAUUCUUUGUACUUAAAUAAACUUAUUUUAAGUGGAAA